UGUCCGGGGGAAGUGAUUAUCAGGACACGCUUCAUUAGGCGCUCCGUUACCAUGGCUGCGGCUCUCGGGUGAUUGGCAGGUCAUGUGAGUCACGUUGAUGUGGUUCCGCCGGUUGUGGGGCCCCUCGGGGUUAAUAUGAGGUUGGUUCUGCAGCGUCUGGAUUCUCGGGGUGAUUCCCAGGAGCGCUGAUCCACCAUGAGCGUGGGGCGAGUGCCGCUUGCGGAGAAGGCCAUGUCAGAGGGAUACGCCCGGCUGAGAUACCGCGAUACCUCGCUGCUUAUAUGGCAGCAGCAGCAGCAGAAGCUGGAGACGGCCCCCCUCGGCACUUACCUGAGCCGCAGUCAGAGCAUGUGGUACUCACAGUACGGGAACCAGUCCAUACUGGUCCGGGAUAAGAACAGCAUCUCCCGGGACACCGGACAGUCCAAGUUCUGCACGGUUAUGUGACUCGGCGUCACCGUAGAUUUGGCACCACUGGAAUAGAGACUGAACCUCAUCACGUACAGGCCCCCCCCCCCCCUAUAGUCUGCGGGGGGGCCUGUGUACACACGGCAAGCACACCUAGGGGCCCCACCCCACCGUCAUGGGUUUGGCAGUCUACAUAAGGGAAUAGGACAUGUGACACACACACUGAUGACAUCAGCGGUCCUGAAUGCUGCUGCUACGGCCAUGUGUGACAUCAGGGGUCUGAGGUGAACCCCAUUCAUUGCCUGAUGCUGACAGAGAAAGCCAAGUGCAACCAAUCCCACGGUGCGCCCCUGUCUGGGAUGUCGUGGAUGCUGCGUGGCGGGCGGCUGCACUAUUAUCACUAUUACUAUUGUGUGCUGUACGUUGUUUUCACGCUGUAUUCAGAGUAAAGCUGCUGCUCGUCUCCUCACCACUGUCAUGGCUGCCGGGGGGGGGGGAGAGAGGCACGGUUACCGCUAAAGUGUACGGACCACCUUGGGGCAAUUUAAAAUAAUCAGUGCGUGCAAGCUGUCACUUUGUGUUUUCUUUGAAUCCUGUCAUCUGACGACUCACGUGCAGCUCUGUUCUCCUGACCUCAAACACUCAUUAUAUCUCAAUUCUUAUCACACUAAGGCCUCAUGCACACGGCAGUAUUUUUUCACGGUCUGCAAAACGGGAUUCCGUUGGUCCGUGACCGUUUUUUCGUCCGUGGGUCUUCCUUGAUUUUUGGAGGAUC